ACUUUAGACGCCAUUUUGUCAGCCAUUUCCUACACUGAUCCAUUGCCAGCGUCUCUGCAUAUCUCAGGACACCCCGUCUGGCCUCAGCAGCUUCAUCUGCCCGGGCUCGGUAAACAGCAGCAGACCCUGCACACGCGAAACCAGGGUGGAUGAGAGACAGUCCAGCGGGUCGGUCGGCACCCACUAGACCUCUACAAGGCGCCUGGCCCCGCAGGACAGAAGCGGUACAAGUCACAGACAGACAUGGCUUUGAAGAUUGUCAAAGGGAGCAUCGAUCGGAUGUUCGAUAAAAAUCUUCAGGAUUUAGUACGUGGCAUCAGGAAUCACAAGGAAGAUGAGGCCAAGUACAUCUCCACAUGCAUUGACGAGAUCAAACAGGAGCUCAAGCAAGACAACAUCGCUGUCAAAGCCAAUGCUGUGUGCAAGCUCACCUACCUUCAGAUGCUGGGCUAUGAUGUCAGCUGGGCUGCGUUCAACAUCGUUGAAGUCAUGAGUUCUUCAAAGUUCACGUACAAGAGGAUCGGCUACUUGGCUGCCUCGCAGUGCUUUCAUGAGAGCACAGAUGUCAUCAUGCUGACAACCAAUCAGAUCCGAAAGGAUCUAAGUAGUCCCAACCAAUACGACACAGGUGUUGCCCUCACAGGUCUUUCUUGUUUUGUGACCCCUGACCUGGCUCGGGACCUUGCUAAUGACAUCAUGACACUGAUGUCUCACACUAAACCCUACAUCAGGAAGAAAGCUGUGCUGAUCAUGUACAAGGUGUUUUUGAAGUACCCAGAGUCCCUGCGCCCUGCUUUCCCCAGGCUCAAGGAGAAACUGGAGGACCCUGACCCAGGCGUCCAGUCAGCAGCAGUCAAUGUUAUCUGUGAGCUAGCCAGGAGAAACCCCAAGAACUACCUGUCGUUGGCUCCACUGUUCUUCAAACUGAUGACGUCUUCUACUAAUAACUGGGUUCUCAUUAAGAUCAUCAAGCUGUUUGGGGCCCUAACCCCACUGGAGCCGCGGUUGGGGAAAAAGCUUAUCGAACCUCUGACAAACCUAAUCCACAGUACCUCUGCCAUGUCUCUGCUGUAUGAAUGUGUCAACACUGUAAUCGCAGUGCUGAUCUCUUUGUCCUCUGGGAUGCCCAACCACAGUGCUAGUAUCCAGCUCUGUGUGCAGAAACUGCGAAUCCUCAUAGAAGACUCGGACCAGAACUUGAAAUACCUGGGCCUGCUGGCUAUGUCUAAGAUCCUGAAGACCCAUCCCAAGUCGGUGCAGUCUCAUAAAGACCUCAUCCUCCAGUGUCUGGAUGACAAGGAUGAAUCCAUUCGUCUCAGAGCCCUGGACCUGUUGUAUGGCAUGGUAUCAAAGAAGAACUUAAUGGAGAUUGUAAAGAAGUUGAUGCUGCACGUUGACAAAGCAGAAGGCACCACCUACAGAGAUGAGCUGCUCACCAAGAUCAUCGACAUCUGCAGCCAGAGCAACUACCAAUACAUUACCAACUUUGAAUGGUACAUCAGCAUCCUGGUGGAGCUGACUCGAUUAGAGGGCACGCGACACGGCCACCUCAUUGCCUCCCAGAUGCUGGAUGUGGCUAUUCGGGUUAAAGCUAUCCGGGUCUUUGCUGUUGCCCAGAUGGCCACACUGCUGGAUAACGCCCACUUGUUGACUGGAAACAUGCAGCGAAAUGGCAUCUGUGAAGUGCUGUAUGCAGCAGCCUGGAUCUGCGGCGAGUUUUCAGAACACUUAGAGAACCCAAUGCAAACCUUGGAGGCCAUGCUGCGGCCCAAGGUGGCCACCCUACCAGGCCACAUCCAGGCUGUGUAUGUGCAGAAUGCAGCCAAGCUGUUUGCCACCGUGCUGAAGAGCCAGGAGGGAAACACAGACAGCACAGCAGCACAGGAAACUAGCCAGCUGAUGAUAGACAGGCUACCGCUGUUUGUCCAGAGCGCCAACCUGGAGGUGCAGGAGAGGGCAUCUUGCAUCCUGCAGUUGGUCAAGUACAUCCAGAAACUGCAGCAGAAAGAUGUUGAAGUAGCGGAGGAAGUUGGUGCACUGUUUGCUGGAGAACUCAAUCCUGUGGCUCCCAAGGCACAAAAGAAAGUCCCUGUUCCUGAAGGCCUGGAUCUUGAUGCUUGGAUCAAUGAGCCUCCAUCUGAAAGCGAGUCUGAGGAUGAGCAACCGAAGGCAAUUUUUGCAAAGGAAGAGCCCAAACACUCCCGUCCCCGUCACACAGAGGUGGAUGAGAAAGAGCUUGCAAGGAGGAGAGAAGCCAGGAAGCAGGAGCAAGCUAACAACCCAUUCUACAUCAAAGCCUCACCUUCCUCUCAAAAGGUGUAUCAGGAUACUCCCGGAGUGGAGCACAUCCCAGUUGUGCAGAUUGACCUCAGUGUGCCUCUUAAAGUCCCAGGGCUGCCUAUGUCUGACCAGUACGUGAAGCUGGAGGAGGAGCGUCGGCAAAAGGAAAGAGCAGAGAAGAAAAAGAAGGAAAAGAAGAAGAGGAAAGAAAAGCGUAGCGGACGAGGGAAGAAACACGAUUCGGGUCCCGAGAGUGAAGAGGACAUCACACCUGCGCACAUGGUUGAUAUUGUAACCGAGGAGAUGCCAGAGAAUGCCUUACCCAGUGAUGAUGACGACAAAGACCCCAAUGACCCUCACAAAGCAUUGGACAUCGACCUGGACAAGCCGCUUGCUGACAGCGAGAAGCUUCCAGUCAGGUCACACCGUGCAGCAGAAGCCCUGAAAAGCCCAGCGGAAGAUGGAGAAACAGAAAACGCCACCUCACAGGAACCUAAAAAGAAGAGCAGCAAAGAAAAGAGGGAGAAGAAGAAGGAUAAACACAGGGACAGGAAGAAGAGCAAAGAGGAGAAGAUGAAGAAAAAACACAAACAUGAAGAAAAGGAGGCAGAUCUUCUUGGUGGGCAGGAUGAUGAGCCCGUGGUCCAAUCAGAAGAGAUAAGUGAGGUGGCGGCACCCCCCACUUCCACCACUGCUGAGGUUUCGGACCUGGAUUUCUGGCUCUCAAACGCUCCAGUACCCUCUAACACCCAGGAAGCAGCAACAGUAGCAGCAGCAGAAGCAGCCCCCUCACCCGGGGAACCCUCCGGUACAGCACCAGAAUCUGAGCCUGACGAGCCCAAAGACGCUGAGGUGGAGGAGACUAAGUCCUCCAAACACAAGAAGAAGAAGCAGAAAAAGGAGAAAGAAGAGAAGGAGAAGAAAAAGAAAAAGAAGCAUCACCACCAUCACCACCACAGUGACGGAGGUGGAGAGGAGUCGGUGCAGAAUGGCACCGUCGAGGAGGAAGAGCCCCUUCCGCCCAUGUCCAAUUACUGCCUGCUGGCUGAGAACUCCUACAUCAAGAUGGUGUACGACAUUCAGGGGAACCUGCAGGAUGGCAGUCAGGUGGUGGUGUCUGUUAUAUUUGAAAACAAGUGUGACAGCUUCCUCAAAUCCAUGGAGUUCAACGUCCUGGAUUCUUUGAACUCCAAGUUGCAGAGGCCAGAAGGCUCAGGUCCACACGAUGGCCUCACUGUCCCCUUCCAACUUCCUCCUGGAGUGUCCAAUGAGGCACGGUUUGUCUUCACUGUGCAAAGCAUCAUAAUGCCACAAAAACUGAAGGGAACACUCACCUUCAUAGUAAAGAGCGAGGAAUCCUCCACCCAUGAGAAACUGGACUUCAAACUGCACUUUAGCUGCACCUCCUACCUAAUCACUACUCCUUGUUACAGUGAUGCUUUUGCAAAGCUGCUGGAGUCGGGAGACCUAAAGAGCAGCUCCAUCAGGCUGGAGGGAGUUAACAUGCCCUUCCAUCAUCUACUGGCCAGGAUCUGCUUCCACCACCACUUCUCUGUUGUGGAGAGGAUUGACUCCUGUGCCUCCAUGUACAGCAGGUCUAUCCAGGGUCACCAUGUAUGUCUGCUGGUCAAAACUUCUGCUCAGACAGUGUCCAUUGACGCUAAAUGUGACGAGUCGACGCUGCUUGGGAAUGUGCUGGAUGAGAUCAAGCAGACCUUUUCUCUGUGCUGAUUGUGUCCGACAGCCCCAGGGUGCCCCCGACCCCUCCAUGCCACCGGCUCCCUAACUGAAACACAACAAAAUAUGUUACGAAACACUGCGGCUGGCACUUCCAGCAUUGCCCUAUUUAUUAGUCCUCAGAUUCGCAAGAUUCCUUCCUCUUACUUCUACUUCAGUGCCCCACACCUUUUCUCCUCUGCACUCUGAGCUCUGUGGUCACUCCUUCGUACUUGAUGUUUUACAUGCGGCGUCUUCUCUUCAGUGCACUUUCAUUUUUACUUUCUGGUUUUCAAACAGCCACCCCGACCCACUGUGCUUCUGUUUCUGGAUGCCUCACAUCCUCCGCUUCUUCCCUGCAUUACCUUUCCCUCCCUCCACUGUCGGCAGUUCAGUCUGUGACAGUCAUGUAAUGUAAUGUUGACAACUGGACUUUUGCUGUUGAUGGUUGAAUUGUAUUUUUACUGUUUGAAGUUUUAUGUUUUUUGUCUUUAGUUUGUUUCUUUUUGUGUGUGCGUUUGUGUGUCUGAAGCCUGUCUACACCUUUGCUUCACCCUCUUCUUUCCGCUCACUAAAAAUCAGUGCUACUCAUCUGCUUAAACCUGGAAAAACAAUGUGGCUGAUUCUUUUUCAGACUAGUCCUAGCUGGGGAAUAAAAAAAAAAAGCCCUCUAACCUAGUCAUCCACAACUGACCUGGUGCCUGGAGUAGACCAGAGCCUGGGCUGUUGGAUUGAUGAUAGGGCAGAGAUUAAACCAAAGCUAAAUACACUAAAAAGCAGGGGUUGUGGUCCCAGCUUGCCUCUUGGGGAGGCUCAGAGCAGAUCUGCUGGUGUUAAAUAGACUCCUUGUUUGUCACUACUGGUGAUUUGUGUAGAAGUUUAGUGAUUUUGCUCUGUGCCUUAGCCCAUGCAGUCUGACCGGCUCCAGCACUUCUUAAGUCUUGUAAAACUCUUCUCUUGAGGAAAUCUGCUCGCUGAUCUGAUUGUGCUACCCCCCCGUCCCCCCCCCCGAGAUUUUAAACAUAUUAAUCUAUACACAAAUCAAAGAAUUUGAAGACAGGAGUGUAAUAGACCGAAAGAAUUUAAAGUGUAAGUAUACAGUGUUAUUUCUGUUUGUCAUGUCAAUUUCUAUUUACCUCAUCUUCGGUUAGUUUCAUAGUUAUUACAAUACUAAACAGAAAGAAGCUCUUUGUGAAGUCUCUGUCAUGCAGGAGGCUGCUUGGAUUACACACUGAGAGAAUAAUCUAGCAUAAAGAGAGAUGCCCAUGUCACAUCUGUCUUGCCUGCUCUCUCUGAAAAAGUGAACUUGUGACUAGUUGAAAGAUGGUAUAGUUAGACUCUCCAGCAGCCGCUCAAUCAGAAUCAGAAUGAAGUUUUCUCUGUUAGCAGACUAUUUAGGCUACAUCUGAAUCAGUAUUAGUUGAUUUGGCUUCUGCUGUAAGAAAGAAUCCACUCUGUCUUCGUGGGAACUCGUGAAACAUUUGUGCAACUUUAACAUUUGCAUCACAAUAGCUCCACCCAGCUGAUGUGUAACCCAGAUGAUCCCUGAUGUUUCUUUGCCCUUCAGAAACUGCCUUGCCUUUUUGUGUGUGUAUGUGUGAGUACAUUAGCAUAUCAUGGGGAGGGAAUAUUUUUUUUUUCGCUUAAAAAGAGUUUGCCUCCUCUAAGAAGUCCCUCUUUUAAUUUGCGUCAUUCAUGUUUGAGGUCACUGCCCCGUCCAGCUAACCUCAUAGUAGCAAGAUUAAAAACUUACUCUGUAUCACCUCUGUUUAUGUAUAUAUACUGGAAAGGCCCCUUCACAUCUAUCUGCAGUUAUAGAUAACUGUAAUAAUUCUGUUUGUGACCAGGUCGUCAGGUCAACCAUUCCACUAGAUAUUCAGUCUAGUCAUAGUCUGACUACAGAGGGGAGCAGAUGUUUAACAGGAAUUUCAGUAGAUGAUUCUGUUAUGUACUCCUUGUUCUGAAAAUGAGUGAUGUCAGAGAAUCCCAGAAACAACUCAUUUAAUCAUCCAUUGUCCUUAUUCUGAUCAUUCUGUGCAUAAUAUUAGAUUAAAUUUGUAAAUUGCAUGAUUAGGAAUGUACACUUUUUAUUUCCCUGUUUGUUUCAUGGACAUGCUUAAACAAAAACUUUUCAUUCCAUAUUGUCCUUUUUUGUCUUGAAUUUUUUUAUGAAGUUUACUCGACCAUUCUCUAUUUUUGAUGGUAUUGUCUUUUUAUCUAUAUUAAGUUCAGACAAUUAAAAAAAGUGAUUAUCAUUGAAUGUUUUAAAUUAUUAAACACAGGGGAAGGAAGGGGACUUCAGUUUGGUAUCAUGACACUGAGGGGGUGGGGCCAGAAGAUUAGGAAGAGUGCAGCAGGUCACAUGAAGCAGUGUACUGAGAAGCAGCCCACUUUGUCUUAAUUCUCUGUUCAGUUGUAGUGAGUUAUUUUACCAAGUUUGGCUUGUGACAUUGAAAUAUACUCUCAAAAUGGCAUAUUUUUAUUGUUCAUGUCUUUUAUUUAUCCAUAUUCAGCUAUCAUGCUUACAGUGUCAUUAUUUAAAGGGGACAACAUAAUUAUCUAUACCCCCUUUAAAGAAAGUCAACCCAAAUUAGAAAUAAAGACUCUAAGAAGUU